GCACUUGAGGUUUCUCUCUAUUCUGUGGUGCCAGAGCAUGGUUGUUCAUCACAUAAGUUGCACACACCAGCUCGCCGUCUGUCUAGGUUCUAUAUUCAUGCAUCAAAAUUUUGGUCCUCAGAUAAGAAAGCUUCGGUUGCAAAAAAAUUCUGUUUCUGGGCUUGUGCUUGUUGCAAAGUCUUGUGGCAAUGAUGUUUCAAGGUUGACAUUCUGGCUAUCUAACACAUCUGUGCUAAGAGAACUCAUUGCACAGACCUUUGGUACUUCACGACAAUCAGGUCCAAUUAUGAAGUCUUUUAGCACAAAUGGUAAUGCAAAGAAGCCUGACGGGAAUUUGGCUCCUAUGCGAUGGAAAAGUAGCUCCAAUGGCAAGCAUGCUAGACCCAAUAUUAUGCAGCUGCCAGAUGAUUGGCGGGAAACUGGCACACUCUUGUCAGCAUUGGAGAAGAUUGAAUCUUGGAUCUUUUCUCGGAUUGUUGAGUCUGUGUGGUGGCAGGCAAUGACACCCCACAUGCAAACCCCAGUGGAAGGGUUGUCAACUCCGAAGAUCGGCAGGUUGUUAGGGCCUUCUUUGGGUGAUCAGCAGCAUGGAAAUUUUUCUAUUGAUCUCUGGAAAACUGCAUUUCGUGAUGCCUUCAGCAGAAUCUGUCCUCUUCGUGCUAGUGGACAUGAGUGCGGAUGUUUACCAGUACUGGCAAAAUUGGUGAUGGAGCAUUGCGUAGCCCGUUUAGAUGGUGCUAUGUUCAACGCCAUCCUUCGUGAAUCAGCGAACGAAAUACCGUCUGAUCCUAUAUCUGACCCAAUCGUGGACUCAAGAGUUCUGCCUAUUCCAGCUGGGGACUUAAGCUUUGGAUCAGGCGCUCAGCUGAAGAACUCUGUUGGGAAUUGGUCCAGAUGGUUGACAGACACAUUUGGCAUGGAUGGAACUGGAGCUGAAAAGGAUGGUCAAGAUGCGGAACAUAAUGGUGAUGACCGAAGAGAUACAGCUGAAACAAAUUGCUUUAAGCUACUCAGUAAGUUGAGUGAUCUACUAUAG